CUCCACUAUAAAAAGAUGAUAAGUGAAGAUAAGAAGGUAUUGGGAUGGGAUUAUCAGGAAGGAAGCAAAAUGGGAAUCAAGGCAAUGAUGCUGUUCUUCAUCUUCUUCCUCCACUUUUCCAGUCUUGCAUCAUUUUUUGCUCUAGGCAACACCUUGCCUUCAGGACCAGUUCGUUUGCAGGAGAACAUGGAAGGUAAAGGAAUGGAUGAACAUGGUAGCUCUACAAAUGGGGGUGGAAAUGGCAUAGCCCACCACAGCAAAUUUGCCCGUGGUGCCGGUGGCCGAGCUGCAGGCACCGCAGGUGAGGAAGCAAAUGGUGGUACUAGCACACAAGGAGGCACAGCUGUCAUUCCCAUAUAUGCAGCCGGUGCUGCAAGUGGCCACCGCACCCACCAUGGCGCGGCCAGCUCCAGCCGAAGCUGCCUCGGACUUCCUACCUUGGGUGCAGCCAUCUUGGCAUCUGUUAUUGUACAUACUUAAGCAAGCAUGUAACAACAGUGUCUAAUUGCUUCAGUAUGUACAGUAUUGUUAGCUUUUGUUAUACUAUUGUUAGCUUUUGUCUCUAAGUACUUGGUUGAUGGGGGGCUUUUCUCUGAAUCUGUUUGGUUUUGUAUUUUCUGAACAUGGUAUUUGUAAUUUUGUAUUAGGCCAUAGAAUGGUUGAAGCAUGUUUUAGUGUUGCAACUGGCUUGUGCAGCUUAUUGCUGCGUGUUAAAAGAUUCCGUUUGUUUUGAUAUAAAAUAUUUUUUAUA